AUGAGUUCGCAAGUAGAACGAUCAUCAUCGGCCCCCAAGGACAUAUCGUUUGUCGAGAGACAAAUAAAACGCAUCAAAAGACUGCGAUCGCUGCACUCUGCUAGAAAUCAAGCAAGGACGCACAACCAACAUGAAGUAGUUGCUGAACAGGCUAGGAAUAAGCUGCCGCCGAACUACGAGGCCAAGGGACGACAAGCUGAAUGGCUGCGCGACGACCAAACAAAGCAUCAAGAUACAGAGAAAGCAGAAAAACAUUACGCCAGAGUGAAUUUAUUAAACUUAUUAUCAGCAGUAGAAGCUGAGCGACUUGAAUGUAAAAAGAAGAAAAGGAAUUCUGAUGAAGAAUUCUCCACAUAUGAACAAGCUACCGUGAGACAACACAACAAGUUGGUUAAAAUUAUGCCAGCAGCUGGUAUGGAGCAGUAUGAGAAAGAGAAACAGAAGUAUGGCGAUGCUUUCUACGGUGGACCUAAUGUUAUCAUUCAUGGGAUGCAUGAGGACCGGAGAGAAGCUGUCGACAAGAUGUUGAUGACCUGGAAGGCAGAUUCCAAGAGACUCGCUACUCUAGGAGACGUGCACACAAUCACGAUGCAGAUAUUGAUUACAUUAACCAGAGAAAUGCUAAUUUCAACAAGAAACUGGAGAGAUUUUACGGAGAGCAUACAGCUGAAAUUAAACAGAACUUGGAGCGUGGAACUGCCAUAUAGUUAUUGUAAGCUGAAACUAUUUGUCCAAAGCUGUUGUACCUUAUAG